AUGGUUGCCCGCCGCCCGCCGCGACUUCCCGGCCGUGAGCAGCGCAGGUGGGACGACCCCGAUGACUCCGACGGAGACGACGAGGAUGGCCAAGAGAAGUUCCAUCCACAGACGGACCAAGGUCUGAACGAUGGCUCGGACACUGAUGAGGACAUGAAGGGAAGCGACUCGGAGGGUGAGAAGGCCGAGGACGGCGGCCUGGCCAGCCUCGGUGGCCUAGAGGCCUUCACGCGGAAGAGGGCAAAGAAGCAGGAGCCGAGCGACGCUGGGCUCUGGGAUCCACUGGCAGACUUGGGCCCACGGAAGAAGCAGAAGGGCCCGGGGCCUGCGGCGGCCUCCGCACGAGUGGCCGGGCCGCCCGAGGGUGCAGCUGUAAUCCUGCAGGGCCUCUCCAAGGCGCCGCAGCUCAAUGGCAAGCUGGGCACCGUCGCCGGCAAUGUGGAUGGCGCCACAGGUCGUUGCCCCGUGCUGCUGGGUGAUGGCUCGGUCAAGAGCCUCAAGGUGGAGAACCUGCGCCAGGUCUUGACGGGCGCGAUUGUUCGGCUUAGAGGCCUACAAGCGGCGCCCGAACUGAAUGGAGUCACCGCUGAGUGCGGUCAGCUGGAUCUCACCACCGAGCGCUACAGCGUGAUCCUGGCAGAUGGGAAAGAGACCGUCAAGAAGGUGAAGGAGGUGAACCUGGAAAGGAUAGGGCAGUAUCUACAGCCGCGCAAGUAUCUGGCCAGCCAGACAAAGCCCUUCACGUGGAAGGACGCCGUGCAGAAAGGCAAGGAUCGGGAGCAAUCCUGGAGCUCCCGCUUGUCCUUGCUCAAGGAGAUGGGGCUGCCCCCGCCGAAGUUCCUUCCGGGCCAGGCUCUCGCGGCUGCCAAAGAUGUGGCGCCUGUCGCCAUCGCAGCCGAAAGCCUGCCACUCACGGACGAAGGGCGUCUCGCUUGCCGGCUGCUGGCCGUUUCUACCGAGCGCGACGAAGGAAGUCCUGCCAAAGAUCAGAAGCAGGAGCUGAAACGCCUGGCGGCCUUAGCCAAGGCGGUCCAGAAGCGGGACGACACCAACACACCGACCUACUUCCUCCUUCCAGGCCUGUGCACUGAGGCCCUUCCCUGUGCCCGCAGCUCAGCCAGCCUGGCCUGGCCUCUGUACCUGCAGCUCUGCCAGGCACUGGUGUGCCUGGAGUCGGCUCACCAUGCUCACAAGGCCUGGUGCCGAGCUGAGCAGCUCAUCGCAAGCCAGGUCCAUUCUCAGCCGGUGUACUUGCUGUCCGAAGCAGGCGCAAGUGCAUCGAAGGCGUCCAAGGCGGCUGGCGACGGUGGGGAAGGCAGCUGGCUUCUGAGCGACUGCCCGGAGGACUUCAACGUCGGUCCGCCCGGUGAUGGCCAAGCGCUCCCGGCCGAGAGGCCUUUGUUGGAGCAGAUUUGCACAGUGCUCCCGGGAGGCUGGCGGAAAGGUGCUCACCUCACUUGCUACCGCCUUUGA